AUGGGCAAGUGUCGCGGUCUCCAUACUGCCGGGAAGCUCCGCAGGCACUGAUAAGAUCAGAAGUGGCAUGAUAAACUGUACAAGAAAGCCCAUUUGGACACAGCCCUGAAGACCAACCCUUUUGGAGGUGCUUCCCAUGCAAAAGGAAUUGUGCUGGAAAAAGUAGGAGUUGAAGCCAAGCAGCCGAAUUCUGCCAUCAGGAAGUGUGUCAGGGUCCAGCUGAUCAAGAAUGAAAAAAAUGGCAAAAAAAUCACAGACUUUGUACCCAAUGAUGGGUGUUUGAAUGUUAUUGAGGAAAAUGAUGAGGUUCUGGUUGCUGGAUUUGGUCGCAAAGGUCAUGCUGUCGGUGACAUUCCUGGAGUUCACUUUAAGGUUGUCCAAGUAGCCAAUGUCUCUCUUUUGGCCUUAUACAAAGGCAAGAAGGAAAGACCAGUAUCGUAA